AUGACUAAACGGUAUACAGCACCUGGUAUGACCAAGCGGUUUACAGCACCUGGUCUGACCAACCGGUUUACAGGACCUGGGAUGACCAAACGGUUUACAGCACCUGGUAUGACCAAACGAUAUACAGCACCUGGGAUGACCAAACGCACCUGCGAUGGCCAAUCGGUUUACAGCACCUGGUCUGACCAAACGGUUUACAGCACCUGGUAUGACCAAACGGUAUACAGCACCUGGGAUGACCAAGCGGUUUACAGCACCUGGGAUGACCAAACGGUUUACAGCACCUGGUAUGACCAAACGGAUACAGCACCUGCGAUGGCCAAUCGGUUUACAGCACCUGCGAUGGCCAAUCGGUUUACAGCACCUGGUCUGACCAAACGGUUUACAGCACCUGGUCUGACCAAACGGUAUACAGCACCUGGGAUGACCAAGCGGUUUACAGCACCUGGGAUGACCAAACGGUUUACAGAACCUGCGAUGACAAAACGGUUUACAGCACCUGGUCUGACCAAACGGUUUACAGCACCUGGUCUGACCAAAUGGUAUACAGCACCUGGUAUGACCAAACAGUUUACAGCACUUGGUAUGACCAAGCGGUUUACAGCAGCUGGUAUGACCAAACGGUUUACAGGACCUGGGAUGACCAAACGGUUUACAGCACCUGCGAUGACCAAACGGUUUACAGCACCUGAGAUGACCAAACGGUUAACAGCACCUGGGAUGACCAAACGGUUUACAGCACCUGGUAUGACCAAACGGUAUACAGCACCUGGGAUGGCCAAACGGUUUACAGCACCUGGUAUGACCAAACGGUUUACAGCACCUGCGAUGGCCAAUCGGUUUACAUCACCUGAGAUGACCAAACGGUUUACAGCACCUGAUCUGACCAAACGGUUUACAGCACCUGGUCUGACCAAACGGUUUACAGCACCUGGUAUGACCAAACGGUAUACAGCACCUGGGAUGACCAAACGGUUUACAGCACCUGCGAUGACCAAACGGUUUGCAGCACCUGGUAUGACCAAACGGUAUACAGCACCUGGGAUGACCAAGCGGUUUACAGCACCUGGGAUGACCAAACGGUUUACAGCACCUGGGAUGACAAAACGGUAUACAGCACCUGGUAUGACCAAACGGUUUACAGCACCUGGUAUGACCAAGCGGUUUACAGCACCUGGUAUGACCAAACGCACCUGCGAUGGCCAAUCGGUUUACAGCACCUGCGAUGGCCAAUCUGUUUACAGCACCUGGUCUGACCAAACGGUUUACAGCACCUGGUAUGACCAAACGGAUACAGCACCUGCGAUGGCCAAUCGGUUUACAGCACCUGCGAUGGCCAAUCGGUAUACAGCACCUGAGAUGACCAAACGGUUUACAGCACCUGGUCUGACCAAACGGUUUACAGCACCUGGUAUGACCAAACGGAUACAGCACCUGCGAUGGCCAAACGGUUUACAGCGCCUGCGAUGGCCAAACGGUUUACAGCACCUGCGAUGGCCAAUCGGUUUACAGUACCUACGAUGA